AUGUCGAUGAUCGAUUCCUUCUUCAACAAAGGCUUUAAAGCUGCUAGAUGUAAAACCCUAUUGAAGUUGACGAUACCCCGGAUAAAGUUGUUGAGGAACCGGAGAGAGAUUCAGAUAAAGCAAAUGCGCCGGGACAUUGCUAAGCUUCUUGAGACUGGUCAAGAAGCUACUGCUCGCAUUCGGGUAGAGCACAUAGUAAGAGAGGAGAAUAUGAUGGCUGCUCAAGAGAUCAUUGAAUUGUUCUGUGAGCUUAUUGCUGUGCGCCUUCCAAUUAUUGAAACACAAAGGGAAUGUCCUUUAGACUUGAAAGAAGCAAUAUCCAGUGUCUGUUUUGCGGCACCAAGAUGUGCAGAUCUACCUGAGCUGCUGCAGGUUCAAAUCCUAUUUGCUUCCAAAUAUGGAAAGGAAUUUGUAGCUGCUGCAACUGAGCUUAUGCCAGCUUGUGGUGUUAAUCGCCAGUUAAUAGAACUCCUGUCAAUUCGUGCGCCUUCACCUGAAAAAAAACUGAAGCUUCUGAAGGAAAUUGCUGAAGAGCAUGAGUUAGACUGGAACCCAGCUGAAUCUGAAACUGAGCUAUUAAAAAAGCAUGAAGACUUGUUGGUAAGUAGUGUGGUGCAACUGCCUCAAUUCUCGUUAUCUUUCCAUAUCUUACAUGUGUCCUCUCAUUGUCAGAAUGGCCCAACACAUAUCACUGAUUCAACACGUGCUGCUGGUCCAACAAAUAUCACUAUGUUGCCUCUUCCAAAAGAGAAGCAUGAUGAAUUAUUAAACGCUUCUGAUCUUGCCGAGCAUGAGCAGCCUGAUUCUGAUACAGACUUCGACCAAUUAGAUUUUCCUGAAGUUCCUAAGGUGUCACUGCGCCCAAAUGCAAAUGCUGCCUCAGCACCGGAAAUAACGCCACCUGCACAAGCUGCUCUACACCCUGACAUCAAUCAUGAAUCAUCAAAUCAUUCUGUGACUCACAAAGAUCUAUCACCAGAACCUCAUUUUGAACAUGAGGAUGUGGUUGAAGAAAAGUCAGGAGCUGCCAGGGAUGAAAUUUCAAGCACGGCAGUAAGUGUCAGGGAAGAAAAACAGUUUCUGCCAUUCAUUUCUCCUCCUCCACUAUCCUCUGCAUCAUUUUCAGCAAUACCAAGUACUUCGCCACCCUCUGCAUCAAGGACCAAAAGUGAAGCUGAUGUGGAUCUGCAGAAUGUUUCAGCUGCUGUGCAGGGCACUGUGGAGACUGCUAAACAUGCAGCAAUACCAAGCACUUCACCACCCUCUGUAAUGAGGACCAGAACUGAGGCUAAUGUGGAUCUUCAGGAUGUUUUAGCUGCAGCACAUACUGCUGCUGAGACUGCUGAACGUGCAGCGGCGGCGGCUCGCUCAGCAGCAACUCUUGCGCAGGCACGGAUUAGUGAGCUAACCAAGAAAAACAGUGAGAAGUUCCCUGAGAGUAGCAAUGAUAAUCCAUUUUAUGUGGAUAAUCCCAAUCAAUCAGCUUCUACUGAAAAGCCACACUUUGUUCACCAACAAUCUUUUGGGGAGCCAGGCAGUGUUCCAAACUAUGAAAACUCUCAUCGACGUCAUGAGGGCCACCAGGCAUCAGAGUUGUCGGACAUUCCUUCCUUUGAGAAACUCAAAGUGGAUUAUGAUUCUCCUCGUAGCGAUCAUGUUGUUGAGCAAGGGUCUGUUAGUCACCAGCCACAGAGAUUGCCUUCAAUGGACGAUGAGCCAUACUUCUCAUACCCAAAUUUGUUCACAUCACAAAACUCAAAUCCUGGAUUCAGUGCUCAAUCUGCUACAGAACAUUCCCAUUCCACUCAUGGCCUUUGA